UCUUUUCAAAACGAAAAUUUUCCUGAUUUUGAUGCCGAUUAUUGUGUUUUUUGGCAGAAAUUUGAUGAUUAAAAUUUAAUUUCAAAUGAAUAAUUACUCUACGUGUGUUGUUUUAGAGAUCGAUUAAGUGUACACGACGAUUCGUAGUACUUUUUCAUAAAAGUGGAGAGGUUAAUCAAAUGCACCGUUCGAAUCUCAUAUAGGCUAACUCUGUGGACGAUUUGAAAGAAAUCGUCAAAAUGCAUCGAAGUAUCGGUAAACGAAUAAGUAUGGAUGACCCUCCUCCGGAGGAGUAUGAGAAUAUGGUCAAUAACAUGACUCCUGCUUACGCUCCCGAAGUUCAAGAACGGUAUUCACCGUUUAUGCCUUACGGUAACCCGGAUCCCAAUAUUGAUCCUAGCGCUGGCAUGUAUACAGAUACGUACGGAAAUGCUCAAACGGAUCAUUACGGACAUCCGAAUCAGUACAAUCCACCUCCUCAAUACGGUCAAGCCGAUCAGUUUAUUUCUAGUCCAUUGCCACAAAUGGCACCAUUACAAGAUCAAGAAAUGUUAUUACACGAUGCGCCUCAAGAUACCGGAUUAUUCCAUAUGCCUACGGAUAAUCAAAUGCAAUUUCAAGAGGAACACAUUCCUACGGCUAAUAUUGACGAAUCAUUGGUUUCGCAACAUAUUCCUCAAAUGGUGAACGAACCGAUGCAACAAGAUCAGCCGGAAACUCCUGGUAAUGUGAGAAUUACUCGUUCCAGGCUCAGAGGUGGUAAUACCGUAACUCAACAACCUCAACCGACACCUUCAACGUCUACAUUGUCAUAUUCGAGAAAAGCACCCGAAGAGCGACGUGGAAGACCUGGAAGGCCUCCCGCAGUUCGUAAACAAACUGUCGAUGAGGAAUCGUCAGCUUCACCGAAAGACUCUUGUUUAUACGAUUUGAUCCGUAAUGGAAAAUCGUCGUUAACGACUCUGGUCGAUGAUUGGAUCGACGAAUAUAAGGUUAAUCGAGAUACAGCUUUGUUGGCUUUGAUGCAAUUUUUCAUCAACGCGUCAGGAUGUAAAGGAAAGAUUACUUCGAUGAUGGCUGCCAAUAUGGAACACGCUGCCAUUAUUCGAAAAAUGACCGAAGAAUUCGACGAAGAAAGUGGCGAAUACCCUUUGAUUAUGAGUGGACCGCAGUGGAAAAAAUUUCGACAAAAUUUUUGCGAUUUCGUUGCUAUUCUGGUGAAGCAGUGUCAGUAUUCCAUCAUAUACGAUCAAUACUUGAUGGAUAAUGUGAUAUCUUUGCUGACCGGAUUGUCAGAUUCUCAAGUACGAGCUUUUCGACAUACUGCAACGUUAGCAGCGAUGAAAUUGAUGACAGCUCUAGUGGAUGUCGCUUUAACUGUGUCUAUAAAUUUGGAUAACACCCAAAGACAGUACGAAGCCGAACGUCAGAAAGGACGAGAGAAACGAGCCAGCGAUCGUUUGGAAUCUUUGAUGUCGAAACGUCAAGAACUCGAAGAAAACAUGGAUGAAAUCAAAAACAUGUUGACGUACUUGUUCAAAUCUGUUUUCGUGCAUCGUUACAGAGAUACGUUGCCUGAAAUCAGAGCCAUUUGUAUGGCCGAAAUUGGAGUAUGGAUGAAGAAAUUCCAUCAAAAUUUCUUGGAUGAUUCAUAUUUAAAGUAUAUUGGUUGGACACUGCAUGAUAAAGUCGGCGAAGUGAGGCUCAAGUGUUUACAAGCAUUGCAACCUUUAUACGCGUCAGAAGAGCUCAAAGGUAAACUGGAACUAUUCACUAGUAAAUUCAAAGAUCGAAUUGUCGCAAUGACGCUAGAUAAAGAAUACGAAGUAGCGGUUCAAGCUGUAAAAUUAGUCAUCAGCAUAUUAAAGCAUCAUAAAGACAUCUUGACCGAUAAAGAUUGCGAACACGUUUACGAAUUGGUAUACUCGUCUCAUAGAGCCGUAGCCCAAGCUGCUGGCGAGUUUUUAAACGAACGUUUAUUCGUGCAAGAUGAAAUGAUGCAAGGCACCAGAACUAAAAGAGGCAAGAAACGACUUGCCAACACUCCACUUAUUCGCGAUCUGGUCCAGUUUUUCAUCGAAUCCGAAUUACACGAACACGGAGCUUACCUGGUGGAUUCUCUAAUCGAGUCGAACGAUAUGAUGAAAGAUUGGGAAUGCAUGACCGAUUUGUUACUCGAAGAGCCUGGUCCGAGUGAAGAAGCGUUGGAUGAUAGACAAGAAACCAGUUUGAUCGAAUUGAUGACCUGUUGCGUUCGUCAGGCUGCCACCGGUGAAGCGCCAGUUGGACGAGGAUCGAAUAGAAAAAUCGCCUCGGUUAAAGAAAUCAAACAAGUGCAAGAAGAUAAAGCCAAAUUGACCGAACAUUUUACUAAAACGUUGCCGUUAUUGCUCGAUAAGUACAGAGCCGAUGCGGAUAAAUUGGUCAAUCUGUUAUCUUUUCCGCAAUACUUUGAAUUGGAAAUGUAUGUCAAAUCUCGUCAAGAAACUAAUUUAGAAUUAUUGCUCAAGAAAAUGCAACUGAUUGCGGACAAGCAUCAAAAUACCGAUGUGCUGGAAACCUGCGCCAAAACUUUGGAGGUUUUAUGCAAUGAAAGCAACGCCAUCAUUUGUACCAAGUGUGACGUUCAACGAAGCACUUUGAUCGAUAACAUCGUGAAAAAAUAUCGCGAAGCGAUGGACGAUUGGAAUGCUGUCAUAGAAUCCAAUGAAGAGCCAGAUGACGAUGAAACCUUCCAAGUGGUUACGAGUUUGAAGAAAAUAUCCAUUUUUUACGCUUGUCAUAAUUUAGGACACUGGAAUAUUUGGCUAGUCGUGUUUAAUGAUUUUCGUAACGCGAUUUCUGGACAGAAAUACUUACCGGAUGAGGCGAUCAAAUCGAGUGUUUGGGCUUGUUAUUACGGUACAAUGUGGGAUCUACACCAUUUGGAAGAUUUAGCAGAAACCGGAGGUGGUGCAAAUAUUGAAAAUUUGGUUCGCGAGGUCAAAAGCAGACUUUCACAACUGAUGGAAACAUACAAAGAGAUGUUGCUUCAUCAAAGUUUAACUUUCAGAGAAGAAGCUUAUGUAGCUAUUUGUGAUUUAUUAAUUGUAUUCUGUAAUCAACUCGGUACCAAUCCGUACAAAGUAUUGUCGGAGUUGAUUUACGAACCUGACAAAGAGCUGCAAAAAAUGUUGAACGAUUUUAUCCAAGGGAACGUAUUUGUCUACGAAGAAGAAGAAGAAAAUGACGACCAUUCGAGAAUAGAGGCUCUUCACAAACGUCGUAAUUUCCUAGCUUCGUAUUGUAAAUUGAUAGUUUACGGAAUCAUGCCGACGGCUUGCGCUUCUGAUGUAUUCAAACAUUAUGUCAAAUCAUACAACGAGUACGGCGAUAUCAUCAAAGCAACCGUAGCAAAAGCGAGAGAACUCAAUAAAGUUAAUUGCGCUCGAACGAUGGUAGCGAGUUUAAUCUCUCUAUUCCGCGAACUGCACGACGAAAACGGAGGAUUAAUUAUUUCACGAAACUCGAAUCAGUUCGCCAGUUUGAAGGAAUUGGCAAAACGAUUCGCAUUAUCAUUUGGAUUGGACGCUUUGAAAAACCGAGAAGCUAUCGCCGCUCUGCACAGAGAAGGAGUAUUAUUCGCUGUGUCUGAACCUUCAGAUGAUCCAACCAGUGCUCCGCCUAAUUUGCCCUUCCUCGAGAUACUAAUGGAAUUCACGAAUAAAUUAUUAAAACAAGAUAAGAGAAUGAUUUUAAAUUAUCUGGAUAGAAGGAUUUCAAGCGGUAUGCCCUCGAGUAAAGGUGAAGAUUGGCAGCCUUUGUUAUUAUAUAGAAAUAGUUUAUUGCACGGAGAAUCGGAUCAGCCGUUGCCGACUGCUCGAAGAGCUUACACGAGGAAGAAGAAAGAAGUCGAUGACGAAAACGGCGAAGAUGAAGAUCAAAUCUCAGAUCAAGAAUAUGGGGACAAUAAUGCGGCGGAAGAAGGCGUUAAACACGUGUACAAAAAGAAACCCAAGGCGCCGAAAUUAGACAUUCUAAUUGUAAGAGGAGGUAAAAUAGUUCGUAAUCAGCAAGACGGUGGCGGUGCUGCAGCAGCACGGGAAGCAGAUCAAAGUGACCAAUCAGCGGCUUCAAAUGCCAGCAGGCCGCAGAGACAGUGCACAACUCGUUCGUUGGCUUACAGAUUUGUCGAACAGAAUUCCGAAGACGAAGAAGAUUGAGAAAGAUGUUUAAGUUUAGUUUUAGUCUGCUUUUUUUUUUGAAGUUUCCAUUUUUCUUACUUUCCUAUUUUUAAAUGUUUUGAAUAGCGUGUGUUUUUGUGUUGAAGUAAUAAAGUCAUGUUUUUCUUCGGA